AUCAACAUCACACCCAUCGCUCAGGCACAGGCAGGCAGGGGAUUACUGGAACAUCAAGUUGUCAUCUCCACAUGUCUAGCACUGGCCACCUGGCUUGAGGCUUCUUUAUCCUGCAUAAUACAGUACUAGGAGGAACUUUGCCUGCAGCUUCUUUACACCUUGAUCUAAGUCAUUCAGUAGACACACUGCAAAAGCACUCCAGGACCUUUACCCACUGAUCUCACAACCUGUGGAAUCUUUAUUCCUGGUACGUUUACUAGGAAAAGAUCAAUUACAUGAGCCAUGAAGCCUACUACAUCUGCUGCACUGCUCUUCUUGUUCACUCUUGCAAUAACAAAGGCUGCCAAAAUUAUCAUUGUCCCGCCAAUAAUGUUUGAAAGCCACUUGUAUAUAUUCAAAACGGUGGCCACUGCUCUUCAUAAAAUAGGCCAUGAAUCUGUCUUCCUGGUUUCGGAAGGAAGGGACAUACCACCAUCAAGUUAUUACCAAGUUCAGCGUUAUCCAGGGAUUUUUAAUAGUACCUCAUCCGAUGAAUUUCUGCAGUCUAAGAUGAAAAAUAUAUUCUCGGGGAGCAUCACAGCAUUAGAAAUGUUUGAUAUUCUUGAUCAUUAUUCCAGCAAUUGUGACAUUUUGGUAGGAAACCAAGAGGUUAUGCAGCGUCUAAAGAAAGAAAACUAUGAUAUGGUGAUUGUCGAUCCAAAUGAAAUGUGUGGAUUUGUCAUAGCCAAUAUUUUGGAUAUUAAAUAUGUAGUGUUCUCUACUGGACUUUGGUUCCCUGUUGAGGUUGGCGCCCCUGCACCUUUAUCUUAUGUCCCAGAAUUCAACUCACUUCUCACUGAUCGUAUGAACUUACUGGACAGGAUUAAAAAUACAAUUAUUUAUUUAGUCUCCCGAUUUGGAAUACAUUUUAUUGUCCUACCUAAAUAUGAUAGAAUAAUGAGGAAGUACAAUAUUUUGCCAGCAAAAUCUAUGCAUGAAUUAGUACAAGGAUCCUCACUUUGGAUGCUUUGCACUGAUGUUGCACUGGAAUUUCCUAGACCAACCCUACCACAUGUUGUAUAUAUUGGAGGAAUUCUCACCAAACCAGCCAACCCGCUACCAGAGGAUUUUCAGACGUGGGUGGACAAUGUGGAUGAACAUGGCUUUGUACUGGUCUCAUUUGGGGCUGGAGUAAAAUAUCUAUCUGAAGACAUAGCUGAGAAACUAGCAGGAGCCCUUGCCAAACUGCAUCAGAAAGUCCUCUGGAGGUUCACAGGACCCACACCAAGAAAUCUAGGUAACAACACAAAACUGGUGGAAUGGCUACCUCAGAAUGACUUGCUUGGACAUCCUAAAAUUAAGACCUUCCUAAGCCAUGGAGGCCUGAAUGGUAUUUUUGAAGCCAUGUACCAUGGAGUUCCAGUAGUUGGAAUUCCUCUGUUUGGAGACCAUUAUGAUACUAUGACCAGAGUGCAGGCUAAAGGCAUGGGGAUCCGCCUGGAUUGGAGUCAGAUGACACAAGAUAGUAUAUACAAGUCCCUGUCAGAUGUUAUUCAUUAUCCAAGUUAUCGACAGCAAGCACAGAAGCUUUCAAAAAUUCACAAGGAUCAGCCAGGUCAUCCUGUCACCAGAGCUGCUUCUUGGAUAGAUUACGUCAUCUGUCACAAUGGAGCUGAACACCUUCGUGCUGCUACCUAUGACAUUUCUGUUUUUCAAUACUUCUUGGUUGAUAUUGUAUUACUCACAGUGGUUGUUGUUAUUUUAUUGUGGUAUGUGCUUUCAAGAAUCAGGAGAUACCUGCGGAAGAACAAAGUUCCAGACCAUAGCACCACCAAUGGAUUCUACCAUAAUGGUAUAGCAAACGGAAAACACAAAAAGAUUGGUCACAUUAAGCACAAAGAGAAAGUGAAAUGAACCAGUGUAAGCCGAAAACUGAAGGAACCACUUUAACAUGGAUUCUACUUUUUAGUCAGUGCUAAUGGAAUCUAUACUGCAGCAAUGGAAACACCCUUGUAUAGUAGGCCUCAGCAAAACACAUCAAUGGCCAUUGCUUUCAAUCAUUAUUUAUUCCAAGGUUUUUUCCUUUAUUUACAGUCAAUGUGCUUUAGCCUUUCCAAGCACUGAAUGACUUGAAGUUUAAUCCAGGCUAAUGAUUCUAAACAAGCUAUCUCAUCAUCUGCAAUUCUGCAUCUCUCAAUAAUUUCUAUCAAAAACAUUAUUUUUUUUUUUUUUGCUAACACAUGCAUAUUUCACUACCAGAAUAUCAAGAACUGUGUGAAUAAUCUACUUUUUUUAAUAGAUACUAUGUGAGUGUGUUUGUCUCCCUUUUAAUAUGUUGUCCAUGGAUAGUAUUUUGAAUAAUUAUAUUCAUCUGGGCUUAAACCACUAUUUAUAAAAAUGCAUGGGAGUUUAUAUGUCAGCUGUCAUAUAGCUCCAUUUGAAUUCCUUGUUAUUGUUUUUAUGUGUGCCUAAACUUAACACAACUUAGAAACAGUAUUUAUAUAGUAAAUUUAAAUUUUUUCAUGUUUAAUAUCCUAAACCCAAAAUAGGAUAUAACAAAUCAAUUGGAUAAAUUAAAUAACAGAAAAUCCUCUAAAAAAAUUAUGCAUACUUCUUAGAUAUGCUUAGCCAGCACAGUAACAAAUCAAUUGGAUAAAUUAAAUAACAGAAAAUCCUCUAAAAAAAUUAUGCAUACUUCUUAGAUAUGCUUAGCCAGCACAGUAAAAAGGAGGUUAUUUGUAUACACAAAAAAAUCUAUACUACUUACCUUCCUUGCUUCCCUGUCGCCACUGCAACUGAACCCUUGUCCCAAAGCACAGUACUUCCAAGUUAGAGGUCUGCAGGAGGCAAUGUCUUGUGUUGACUCUGAUUGUGGAAAUGCUGUGCAUUAGGACAAGGGCUCCAUGACAGUGGUGGCUAGGGAGCAAGGAAGGUAAGUAUAAUUUAUUUUUUAUUUUACCACCUGUUUAAGCACAUUGUUUUUAAAAUUUUCCCUGGACAACCCCUUCAUGCAUGUCAUAAGCAAAUAUUAUUAAUAACCAGGGAGAAAGAUAAAUACGAUUUCUACAGAUACGUUGCACCAAUUAAUUGAUUUUCAUACCAAAAGCAAAUUUCUUUUUGUCCAAAAUCACCAGCUCACCUGCCUACCAUCUUAACAUCAUCACGUUUAGGUCUCUGGUGAGUUAGUUAAUAAUUUUCAUGUCAAUUGGCUACCAUUAUAAAAAAAAAUGUGUGUUGUGCUUUUUUUAUACAGUUACAAAAAUGAUUAUGCUAAUGUGCACAUUCCUGAAAGAAGCCAAAAAAGUGCCCUUUUGGAUUCCACGAAGUAAAUAGAGCCCUGCAGAAAUGUUUAACAUAUACACCAUAAGUUUUCUAGGUUUGUAGGCUAAACAUAGAGCACAGAUGCAGUGUCCUCAGGCUUGCUAUCAGAAAAAGACAGAAUAAAGGUCAAUACUCAUAUAGAUUCAAUUUAGGCAUGUGUGAAAUAUAGUGGUUGCACUUCACCUAGGAUGUGAUGCCUUAUUUAUGGGUGAUGACUUAUUUGUCUCAUAGCAUGACACCAGUACUAUAAAUGGCACAUAAUAGAUGAGGGCCCCAGUACAGAUUUGUCAUCUGGAUGCAGGAGCUUCCAGUUAUUUA